AUGCUGUCCACCCGCGAGUGGGCGCCACUGAUGUCCUUCAUUGAUGGCUGGUUGACGCUCGUGGGAAAUUGGACAGUGACUUUGAGCAUCAACUUCUCUGGCGGCCAGUUGAUUCUGAGUGCGAUUUCACUCUGGAAGGAAGACUUCGUGCCGAAUCAAUGGCAGACGAUCUUGAUGUUCUGGGCUGUUAUGCUUGUGUGCGCCCUGGUAAACAUAUUUGGAUCGCGGUAUCUCGAUCUCAUCAAUAAAAUAUGCAUUUUUUGGACUGCAUCCAGUGUGCUGAUAAUCAUGGUCACUUUGCUCUCCUUGGCUGAUCAUCGGAGGAGUGGAAAAUUCGUUUUUACGCACUACGAUGCAACUGCUAGUGGAUGGCCGACGGGAUGGGCGUUUUUUGUCGGUUUGCUUCAACCAGCUUACACGCUGACGGGCUACGGGAUGGUUGCAGCCAUGUGCGAGGAAACACAGAAUCCACACCGAGAAGUCCCAAAAGCGAUUGUCCUAUCCGUCGUUGCAGCUGGGAUAACUGGCCUGGUGUACCUCAUUACCCUGCUCUUCGUUCUCCCGGAAGUUAAAAUGCUCCUAUCAGUUGCCAAUGGCCAACCCAUCGGCCUUCUAUUCAAGACAGUUACUGGCUCCGCAGCAGGCGGUUUUGGCAUGCUCUUUUUAAUCAUGGGAAUCCAGAUAUUUGCUGGCAUUGGCGCACUUACGGCAGCAAGCCGUUGCACAUAUGCCUUUGCCCGUGAUGGUGCCAUCCCGGGGUCUCGGGUCUGGAAGCAGGUAAGUAGCCGUUUUGGUGUUCCGUUAUGGGGUAUUAUUCUCUCAACUCUAGUGGACUGUCUCCUUGGGUUGAUCUACUUUGGCUCUGCAGCAGCCUUCAAUUCCUUCACCGGUGUGGCUACGAUAUGCUUAUCAACUUCGUAUGGCUUACCAAUUUUGAUUUCCCUGGUUCGCCGUCGAAAAAUGUUUGAGAAUGCCCCUUUUUCACUGGGGAAAUUUGGAUUCUUGAUCAACAUGACCACAAUAUGUUGGAUAUGUUUCUCUACUUUCCUUUUCUGUCUCCCGGUGUCCUUGCCCGUGACACCAUCUAGUAUGAACUAUGCGAGCGUUGUAUUCGCCGGGUUUGCCACUAUCAGCGUGGUAUGGUACUUUGUUAGGGCACGUAAGGCAUUUACAGGGCCCCCAAUGUCUAUGGAUGACGCUAGGAAAGACGAAGCAGGUGUUUUUUCUGGUAAAAUGGCCCCUCAUAUGGAGGAUGGGGUUACCCCCUUGGACCUCUCCAAACCAGCGGAAGUGCAUGUGGAACACCAAGCCAAGUUCAACCGAUAA